GCGUAUAGAAAGGAGGCCAUAUUGUACAGUUAAAUUGAAAGCAGGAAAAUAAUUGUAUCGCCGUCGCCGAUAUCGCACGCUCGCGCCCGCACCGCCUACGGCUCCCCGCGUCUUCGUUACCCCCCCCCUGUUACUCGUCGGCGAGCGACGGCGGAGAGCCCUUCGUUCCGGCCCUAAACGUCACCGUGCCGUGCCGUGCCGUGCAUCCGUGCGGCGGAACCGAGAGAAAGAGAGAGAGUAUAGUAUACACGGGAGCCAAUCGGCGGCUCCUCCUCGGCCUCCUCUGCCCUUUGUAUAUAAGCCAUACGUCGUCGCAGUAGCGCGGCUCCGACCCCGGGGGUGACCGACGUCGGCUCGUUGAGAGGUGCUUGUUGCUCGCUGCAGUCAAGAUGGGCACUCGGGACGACGAGUACGAUUAUUUAUUUAAAGUGGUCCUCAUUGGAGAUUCUGGAGUAGGAAAAAGUAAUCUCCUAUCCCGAUUUACAAGAAAUGAAUUCAAUUUGGAGUCGAAGUCUACCAUCGGAGUCGAGUUUGCAACGCGCAGUAUACAAGUAGAUGGUAAAACCAUUAAAGCCCAAAUUUGGGACACGGCUGGGCAAGAGCGCUAUCGUGCGAUUACUUCUGCAUAUUACCGCGGAGCAGUUGGCGCACUACUCGUGUAUGAUAUUGCGAAGCACCUGACGUAUGAAAAUGUAGAAAGAUGGUUACGAGAAUUACGGGACCAUGCUGAUCAGAAUAUUGUGAUCAUGCUAGUGGGAAAUAAGUCGGACUUAAGGCAUCUGCGUGCUGUUCCAACUGACGAGGCUAAAGCGUUUGCUGAGAGGAACGGCUUGUCUUUCAUCGAAACAUCCGCUUUAGAUUCUACUAAUGUUGAGACAGCGUUUCAAAACAUAUUAACAGAAAUAUACAGAAUCGUAUCGCAAAAACAGAUACGAGAUCCACCUGAAGGUGACACAAUCCGGCCACAGAACGUAGAACAAAUUGAAGUCAAACCAACGAUGAAUGCCGACGGAGUGCGUAAGCAGUGCUGCCAGUGACUCACCUUGUUGCUUAAAAUAAGCAGUCUUACGGAGGAGAAAAAAGUGGGAGUACUAGUUGGCGGUAGAUAUAACAGGUGCAUAACAGAACGAGAGUUAAGACUAUGUGCGCAAGCAUGUAAUCUCAUAUGUUAAAGGAGAUUUUAUCCUUACCAGUGCGAGAGAGGACAUCCAUCAAUCCAUACGAGUAUGCGUUACAUGUUUGUGGAAAUAAUCAAGUAAGGAUAAGUGACAAAAAAAAAGAUUGUACGAUGCUGUAAGCGCGCAUAAUGCGCACCGUUCUGCCCGCGAAAAAAAGAUCAUCUUUACUCUCUCUGUUUGUCUCUCUAUCUGUCACGAUAUAAAUUAUGUUAUAAUAUAAAUAAAUGUUAUAUUACUGCUUCUUUGUAAUACAUAUAUAUAUAUAUAAAAACGACUCUUCUUAACGCGUAGCGUGAUCGUGAGUAUGUGAACAGUUUAUGAUCGUAUACGCAAUGAAGUAUCAUGGAUAAGUACUAUCAUGCACUGCAUAGAAGAAAACAACUAUGAUAUAAAUAAUGGGCUUAUACGGCGAAUGAUAAGAAAAAAGGAGGUGAAAACAGCUAACUUGAGAUAGUCCUUUCUCGUUGCUCACUCUCGCCUCUUCGUAAAUAAUAGUACUAGUCUGUACAAGCUUGGGCACUACAUGCUUCGGGAUUACUUUAUUUUUACAUGAACAUCUUUCCAAACUUCUUAUAUACCGAAUAAAAUUAUAUAAGAACAAUUACAAACACAAAGCUGUAUAGUAGGCGUUUUUCAAAACCCUAAAAGCUGUUGCUUUCUGUGUGGGCUGUAAUAUGUAUAAUACGUUAUCAUCACACGAGCUUUUAUUGUAUCCUAAAUAAAAUAGAGAGUGAGUAAGGUGUUGAUAAA